AACUGAAAGUAAAUAUAAUUUGCAUUAGAAUUCUAAAAUUACAUUUUUUGAAUAACAGAAAAAAAUUGUUAAAAUAACAUUUAUCAUGAAAUAAAUAGGUAGCUGUUAAACCAAUAGUUCGUCCAAGGUUGUUGUCUAAGACGCAUUAUCUUCCAAAAGUCAAUGGAUCGAACUCAAAGACGUGCAUGGUGAAUGUCCAAGACUUAAAAAAGCAACUUUAUAGUUUCUUUUAGAUAUAAAUCAAAUUAUAUGCGUCAAAACCAAAACCAAAACCAAAACCAAAACCAAAACAAGAACAUUUCUUUCUCCUCUGUUUUGUUUCAAAUGGUUGAUCAAACUACGGAUGUGGUUGUACAUGUCAGUUCUUCUGGAGGAAAUAUUUUCCGACCAGACAACGCAUUGACCCCAGAACCUAGGAGACAGACACACUUGUCAGCUCCUGCUCCUGAGAAAAAACUGACUCUUUUUGCCUUACGACUCGCUGUUCUUGAGAAGAUUGCUUCACGGUUGGGAUCUUUAGGAUUCGUAUGGGCCACCGUUGUUCUUCUUGGUGGUUUCGCCGCAAGUUUAGAGACAUCAGAUUUUUGGUUUGUUACUGUGAUUCUUGUUGUGGAAGGAGCUCGGAUUUUCAGCAGAAGUCAUGAGCUUGAAAUGCAGCAUCAGUCUAAAUACACAAUCUCUGGAAUCAACACCUUCCGGUUACUUGUCAGACAAAUUAUCAGAAUUUUCCGCAAGAAAGCUCAAAUUGCUGGGAACAACGCUAGAUCAUCGGUUCAGGAAAGUGAAACAGAACAGCGGACUGGGAGGCAGAUCGAGCGGACCAGGACAUGGACAAGCUCAGAUGUUCCUAUGUUGCCUUACACAGGAUGGGUUUUUGUUUCAAGAAACGUGAGUCGAGUCUGCUACUGGCUCCAGAUUGCUUCUGCUUUCGCUAGCAUUAUCAUCUCCAUGAUCAAGCUCAUCAGGCAAGAUUAUGGAGGUAAUGAACUGAAAUCUAGAAGCACCAAUCUUCACUCGUCUUUAACUCUCUUCUACUCUCUAGCGCUCGCGGAGGCGCUUCUCUUUCUUGUUGAGAAAGCUUACUGGGAAUGGAUGAUCAGCGUUUACAAGAUUCUUGAUAAAGUGAAUCAAGAAUGCGGUCUCGAGAGGUCUGGAACUGAUUCAGUGAGAAGAUUCUUCUACAACGCUUACUCGAGAUGUCUAAAUGGGAGCAUCUUUGACGGAUUGAAGAUGGAUAUGGUCGUUUUCGCCAUGGAGCUUUUGGUGUCAAAUUCUCCUGAUGAGCAGCUCACUGGAGCAGAGAUUCUCUAUAGAUUCUCAACAAGCCAAGACUAUUCCGUUGAUACCCUGCAGAAGAUUGGGACUAAUCUAGAGAUCAUAGAGAGGUUGGUUGAGAUGUUGAAUUGGAGAAACAAGAAUCAAGAAGUUAUGAGAAUGUCAUCUGCAGAGAUUCUCUCAAGAUUAGCUAGUAAGAAGCAAAACUCUCUGAGAGUUGCAGGGAUCCCCGGAGCGAUUGAGUCCAUCUCUUCUAUUUUAGAUAGCACGAGAGAUUCGGGUCAAGCCACUGAUGAGAUUGGAGAAAACAGUAUCAAUCAAACCGAUCGCUGGACGUUCAACAAUCUUGGACUGUUGAUUUUGAAAAGGCUAGCUAGAGAUCAUGAUAACUGUGUGAAGAUUGGGAAAACAAAAGGGUUGCUUUCAAAGAUCAUUGACUUCACUUAUGCUGAGAAGAGGUUGCUGAAAGAUCCAAAUCUUGCGGCUAAUAGAAUCUUGGCUGUGAAACGGUCAUUAAAGCUGUUAAGGAAACUGGUGAAAACAACGGGUGCAACAGGGAGAAACUUGAGGAGAGAUAUCUCUGGGAUUGUCUUCACAGUAAGCAACAUUAGGGAAACAUUGCGCCAUGGAAAGAAGCAGCCUGGUCUGCAGAAGCUUGGUGCAGAGAUCUUGACUUCCCUUGCGCUUGACGAAGGUGCAACUGAGAAAAUUGGCGGCACAGGCGGGGUUCUAAAUGGACUUCUCUGCAUAUUCUUGAAUGAUGAUAUUCCAGGGAAUCAGACUAGUGGCGUGAGAGACUCUGUUGGUGAGACUAUAGCAAUGCUAGCUCAAGGAAGUCAGAGCAAUUGCCAACGCAUGUUGAGAUCAGAUGAUGUUCUUCAGCGCCUUGUUGAGGCUUUGAACAACCCUUUGAUUCGGUCGAAUGCAGCGAGAAUCUUGAGGAAUCUAUGUGCAUAUACAGAUCCUAAUCAAGUUAAGGAACAGCUGAAGGAAGUUAAAUCAGCUGGAGCAACAGUUCUUAAGGCAAUAAUGUCUGAAAAGAGCAAACCUCAAGAGGUUAUGGUGGGAUUAGCACCGCACAUUUUCAGGUUAAUGAGUGCUGAAGAAUCAAGAGAAUUGUUCGAGGAAGCGGGAGUAACCAAGGAAGAAGUAGCCAAUGCAUUAGUCAACAUUCUCAAGAGACAUGAACAGCCAGUGCCAAAAGUUCCAAGAAUCAGGAGGUUUGCAAUUGAACUAACCAUUCAGAUGAUGAGAACUAAUCCUGAGACGGUCAAGACUUUCCUAAACCUUGGGAUGAAGAAUGAAUUAGAGACAGUCCUUGAGACUGCAGCUGAGGUUGAGAACUUUGAUAUAUUCUCGGGCACGGUUGGCUUGGCACGCCAUGGCUUAACGAUCAAUGAACUCACAGAAGACGCAAUACGGUUAUUGAGUUAGUCUCAGACCUCACAGCCACAUGGAAUAAAAAGUUUAAACAACAUUGACUUUGUCUCAAUCCCAAAUUGUCUUCAAAUCAUUGUCUUUGCUCAUCAUAGUGUCUUUAAAAUGUGUAUCAAAUUGGCCCAUUUUCUUAUGUUCGUUCUCCACAUCAUCUGCUUUGCUUCCUGGAAAUGGGAGCAAAAUACAUGUGAGAUGCAUCUAUAUGUUUAUAAAUACGAUUAGUGAUCAAAGUAUAGGUAAGAUGAUGAUCUCGUUAUAUGUUCGUAACUAGAGGAUAAAAGAUCUUUGGUCAAAGCCAACAAGAGAUGAUUUUUUUUUAACAAGACUGACUAGGUCAUGAAUAUAUUUAUAUAAAUCAUAACUAGAUGAUAUAACUUGUCGUGGCAAACCGUUUAAACACUUAAGCUUUCCUUUCUAAUUUUCCCAAACCAAAACAAAAUUAUCUAGUUUUGAAGAAACUGAGUAACCAAUGUGGAAACCGUUUCGUAGGCAGAACAAAUCCCACAAGAAAAGAGGCUACAAAUUUACUUUUAGUUACAGAAAACUUUGUUAAAGAGGUAGGAAAGGAUAGAGUUUAGAGUAAAAUAUUAGAGAACGAAAGAGAAUACGAAGAAUGGAGAGAAUAACAAAAAGUAUAUGUAUAUUGCUUAUAUACAAGAAGAUACAUAUUUAUACGAAUAUAGAAUUAAGAUAUAGAAUACAUAAAAGAUAUAUUUUCAUAUAGGAGAGAGAUUAGGUCAUCUUUGCAUGAAGGAGAGAAAGUAGAUAGUUCAUGCAAAGGCUCACGUCUGGGACUUCUGACUGGCUAUCUCUAAAGCCACCUAAAUGACGAAGAAAAAAAAGCUGGAUAUUGUCGUUUCUUUGCUGAGAAUCAGACAGUACCUGCUCUAGAGUGGUUCGCAGGACUUCAAGGACAUUACAUUGAUAACUUCACUCGACUCGUCUGAUCGUCUCCCGCGUUGGUCUUCAUAGAAACUAGAGCAACGGAGGCCGAUCUAUGGAACCUUAAACAAGCCCCAAGCCCAGAGACAGUCAGAGCCGGUCCUUGUUUUGGUGAGGCUACAAGCUAAAAAUAAUAAUAAUGUGGCUACUAAUGUCUGAACCCCUCACCUCCACCAAAGGAUAGAGGCAUUUAACCAUUGGACUAAAGUUACUUUUGUAUAAUUUGGUGGCCGAUAUUUUACAUAAUAAUAUAAAGGCCGCAAGUCCAUGCUUCAUUAGCUUCACAAGGGCCGGCUCUGUGUACAGCUGUAGGCAGGAGCGGACCUAGGUAACAACAGGGUGGGGCAAGUGCCACACACAUAAUUUUUAUUUUCCAUUAGUUUUCUUGAAAAAACUUAGAAAUUCAUAUGGUUAAUCUUCAUUGCCCCAUGCACCUCUCUUUGGAAAUUAACUCUAACUACUAUAAUUUUGCUACAUAAUAUAUUAUGCCCCAUAUUAUUGUAGAUGCUAGAUCCGUCCUUGGCUGUAGGUUAUUUCGAAGAACUGUGAUUUUGAAAUUUUUAAGCUUGAUUACUGUGAAUUUAGUGCUAUAAAAAUAAAUGAGGUUGUGGACAACACUUACAACCACUACCAAUCACACCCGAUAAUUACUUUUGGACGUGGUGGUAGUAGUUUGAGAAAAUCUAGAAAUUUAAUAAUUUGUAUUUUCAUAAAUUAGGAUUGCAAGAGCUUUUUACGUUACAUAGUUUUUAUCUUUAAGAUUAUAUAAAGAACCGGUAAUUUGCUUUGUCGGAAAACAUUUAAACUAAUUAAAAAAAACUGCAUAGAAAUAGUGAAGUACACAUGUCACUCAUAGAAUUGCCAACUUACUUCUGUUUUAUAAUGUAAAAGAUAGGCCAUUAAACCAAAAUGUUUCAGUAAUUCGAGUAAAUCCAAACAUACUAUAUUUUAGCGACAAAGAAAAUCUGUUUUUUAAAGCCUGGUUACAAAAAAAGAACGAAAAUCUAUUUUUGGUCAACAAAAAAUCUAAAUAUUAUAGGAAAUUAAAUAUAUGGAGAUUACAUCUGCUGACCAAAGAAUUCCCAAAAUAUAUUAUAUCAUAUAUAAAUAUAUACACUUAAGUGUUUUUCAACUAUUCAAUUAUUUUUCAUUCCCAAAGUCGAGAAAAAAAAACUAGUUAAAAAAUGGCUUCAUACAAAUGUUUCGUUUUUGUGUUGUUGUGCCUAACUGUUAACUUGAUCUCUUGUGCUGCGGAUACUUGCGAUUCACCCAGACAUAGUCUUUUUGUGAUAGGUCCUUGCUCACAAAUUCCAAACUGCAAUAAUAAAUGCGUAGAAUUACACUAUUCUGGCGGAGAAUGUUUUAAAAAGUCCAGCAGCGCCACCGAACUAUCAUGUGGCUGUUGUGUAUAAUUCAUAAUGUUAUGGAGAUAUUAAUUAUAUUGUGGAACUGUUAGUGCUUUAAUUAAUAAAAAUAUAUAUUGUACUAUUA